GGAAGCGGCUUCCCUCUCCCCAUUUCCGAAUUCCCCCGCUCCGCUCCACUCCCAACCCCCACCCCCCCUCCCAUCGGCGUGCGUCCCGGCUCCAGCGCCAUGGGCGGCAGCUCCAACACGACCACGACCACCAGCGGCGGCGCCGGCGGGAAGGACAAGGACAGGGACAGGGCCAAGGGCUCCUCGGUCUCCUUCACGGAGGGCGAGAAGGUGCUCGCCUACCACGGCCCGCUCCUCUACGAGGCCAAGGUUCAAAAAACUGAAAAUCGGGAGGACGAGUGGCGGUAUUUCGUCCAUUAUCUUGGAUGGAAUAAAAAUUGGGAUGAAUGGGUCGCAAGUGAUCGUUUAUUGAAGUUAACUGAAGAGAAUGUUCGCAAACAACUAGAGCUGAAAAACCAGUCAGGGGACAAAACCGUCAGGACUGGUGGACGGUCAGCACAGCAUAACCCAAAAGGCUCUAAUGCAGAUGCAAAAGGCGAUAAAGAGGACACUAAGGGUCUUGUCAAGGGGAAGAAGCGCAAGAAUCAGCUUGGCGUUGAGGUGGCUAUGAUUCCCAAACAUGAAAAGGAAAGAAGGUCAUCAGAGAGUCUCCUAAUGUCACAGUUUCCCGUAACACUAAAGAAGCAACUUGUUGAUGAUUGGGAGUUUGUCACGCAGCUGGGUAAGCUUGUAAAACUACCUCGAUCGCCCACUGUUGAUGAUAUUCUAACGAAGUAUUUGGAGUAUCGGGUAAAGAAGGAUAACAAGAUAAGUGACUCUUGUGCUGAGGUAACGAAAGGAUUACGCUGUUACUUUGAUAAAGCAUUGCCUGCCAUGCUUUUAUACAAGAAAGAGCAAAAGCAGUAUAAGGAGGAAAUUAAAGGUGACGUUUCACCCUCGACUGUAUAUGGAGCUGAGCAUCUACUACGCCUGUUUGUGAAACUACCAGAGCUACUUUCUUCUGUGAACAUGGAAGAAGAUGCACUCAACAAGCUGCAGCAGAAAUUACUGGACAUUCUCAAGUUUCUGCAGAAGAACCAGGUUCAUUUCUUCCUUUCUGCGUACGACGGUGAUUCCAAAGGCGCUGAUGGGGCAAAAGGCAAAUAGAAGCAAACGUUGGUGUCUGUAUGUCGGAUGCGCCAUCCACUGCUGGAUUUGUACUGCGUAGCUCACACCUCAUAGUCUGGUUGUUGCUUGGAUGUGGAUAUUUUGUGGGAUGUGUGACCCGUGACCGCCGAUCGCCGCUCUGCUUGCUAACAAGUUCAUGUAGCUGACCUGUCCAACGUCAGUGUUGGCCUGCGUACAAAAUCCUUGCAUUUGUGUGGUGCCCCUGAGACUGUCCUACAUCACUUCACUAGUGUACAUUUGCAGAAUCUCUC